AUGAUCUGCAACGGCUGCAACUCGAUGACGUUGUGCAUGCCAACUGGCUCGCUGGAUAUGUUCUGCACCGAGGGCACCCCUUAUUGCGUCGACGGAGACGACGGAUUUGCCACGUGCAACGAAACGCCUACGGCCGGAUGUGAACCCACGACCGAAGGUACAACGGAAGCUGUGACAACAGAGUUGACUACAGUGGAGUUGUCGACGGAAACUUUGACAGUGGUUGAAACUACAACUCAAUUGGAGAUUACCGAAUCAACGGAACCUCCUACCACAAUCAAACCCGUUCCCGCCAUGAAGUGUACCGGUCCCGGACUCUUCCCGGAUCCACGCGACUGCAACGCCUAUCACUACUGCUUCGCGAAGGGCGAUCAAUCGCACACUGUGCGAUGUUCUGAAGGGUCCGUCUUUGACUAUUCUUCCCAGCAGUGCAAAGAGCUCAGCUCACCAUCCGACUGUCUUACGAUCCGGUGUGAACCGCUGAAGGUAUUCCAGGAGUACGACACUACGGGGCAGUACUAUGGAGUUUGCUCACUGGGCUCGAUCGCCGUGUACCGAUGCCCGGCGGCGGCGGUCAACAACGAUGAUGCUGGAUCGUGCCCGUUCACGUGCUCCAAGGAGGGAUUCUUCACGAAUCCACUGGAACCGAACACAUACUUCCACUGCUGGCGCAUGUACGGAGCAAGGUCGCUGUCGAUUCGGAUGCUGUACUGUCCCACCUGGUGGGAGUUUGAUGAGAAGGCGCAGAGAUGUGUCUUCAAGAGGGUUUUGUGA